ACCUUCCAUUUUUACCUAGAAUCUCCGUUUCUCUUGUUGGUCUGUAAUUCUUCAUUUCUUUCCAUAUCCUUUUUUCAACAAUGAAAUUGAUUCACUCGUUGGGAAAGGAAAAGACGAGAAAAUUGUAGGAUAAUGGCGACAGUACAGACUUUGCAGCAUUCUAGCAUGAGCACCGCAAAACAGUUUUCAUUCCGACGGUCACAAUCCCGGCGGUCUGGGCGAAACGAGAGGUUUUAUGGAAAAGGGCAGUAUUAAUUCGGAAAUCGGAAUUCCCAACCAAUUUCCUGCAGGGUCGCUAGUUUUAGUGGUUGACGAUGAUCCAACUUGCCUAAAAAUUAUUGACAAAAUGCUCCGCAGGUGUCUCUAUGAAGUUACGACAUGUUCUCGGGCAACCGUUGCAUCAUCAAUGCUCCGAGAGAGGAAGGGUAUCUUUGACCUGGUCAUUAGUGAUGUAUAUAUGCCUGACAUGGAUGGCUUCAAACUCCUUGAACAUGUUGGAUUGGAGAUGGAUCUUCCUGUCAUCAUGAUGUCGCCAGAUGGAAAACCAAGUGUAGUGAUGAAAGGAAUCAAACAUGGUGCAUGUGACUACCUACUAAAGCCUGUACGCAUUGAGGAGCUCAAAAAUAUAUGGCAACAUAUAGUCAGGCUGAAGAAAAAUGGGAUAAAGGAAUUGGAGAACUCUGGAAGUGUUGAGAACAGUGAAAAGCUUAAAAAGGGUUCAGAUGAUGCUGAGUAUGCAUCCUCAGUGAAUGAAGAGGAACCCAGGGAGGAGGAGGACGAUUUUGAUCAGGACAAUGAUGAUCCUACAUCCCAGAAAAAACCGAGGGUAGUCUGGUCUGUGGAGCUCCAUCAACAAUUUGUUAGUGCUGUAAAUCAGCUUGGAAUUGACAAGGCUGUUCUAAAGAGGAUUCUUGAGAUGAUGAAUGUUCAGGGACUUACAAGAGAGAAUGUUGCAAGCCACCUUCAGAAAUAUAGACUUUAUCUUAGAAGGCUGAGUGGGGUGGCACAACAGCAAAGUGGAAUAAAUUCUUCCUUUGGAGGAAAUACAGAGAUCAAUUUUGGUUCCAUGGGUUCUGGAAGGUUUGACCUACAAACACUAGGAGCAUCAAGCCAAAUAUCGCCUCAAAAUUUGAUGGCAUUACAAGGAGGACUUUUAGGAAAACUAAAUGCAAAGAAUGGUAUGGGAAUUCCUGGAGAGGCAUUCUGCUUACCAGCUUCACUUCAAGGCAUAGAUUCUAAUUCUUUGAACAGCCUAAGAUUUGGCCAACCAUUAAUGAACAGUCAGGGUAAUUCACUACAGGGUUUUUGUACUGGUUUCCAAUUGAAGCAAACUAUUCGGUUACACCCUCAUAUUCCUUCGUUUGGGAAUGUAGACUUACCAAAGAAUGAUACAUCUUCAGGUCACUCAUUGUUACCACGGCAGCUUGCAACAGGUACUGUGAAUCCUGGAGAUCUGGGUCAAGUGUGCGUGGCAGAUAACAAUGUAGGUCUGAAUCUAUACAGCAAUGCAAUGAUGAUAAAAUUAUUACAGCAAGAACAGCUGCAGCAGCAAAAACUACGUCAACAGGUUCAGAUACCUGCAGCAAUGCCACAUCAAUCUGAUGCUCAAUUGCAAGGCAGACAAGUUUUAAAUUUUCCAUCAGCUAAUCUCUUAGGUCAACGGGCAGUUUCAAACCCUUUAUGUGCAGUAGGAAGUCCUGAUAGUAUUCAUGGGAAUAGUCUAACUGGCACGAACAUAGAGCAAUUAAAUCAAACAUCACUACCAGAACAUGGAUUUCCAGCAUGUACAUCUAAUGCAUAUUUUGGAAUUGAUCAGAUGCCGGUUAUUGAUCACAAGAAUCAUAGCUUUCACGCAUUGCCAGGGAACAGUAUGAAUCGUCUGCCGAGCAAUCUUGCAACGUCUGCUCCAUUGUCAGUUCAGGUUGAAGUUGAAAUGAGGCUUGAAUCUUCUGGGAUACAUUGUCAUAUGCAAGCCACAAAUGUUGGAUUUGCAGGGAGAGGAUUGAAUGUUUCCAACAUACUCCCGUCAGAUGCUGGGCAUACAAGGGCUGUCAAUGAUGCAGCCUGUCAAAGAGAACAGUCAACGGCUGACAGUGGGCCAAGAUUUAAGGACAGUGCAUCUGAUUUGACAAAACAUGAGAGAACCAAAUCUAAAGAAAACGAGCUCAGUGUGGAUGGUUAUCAGUUAAAGGGUGUUCAUGUGAAAUAG